AUGGCAAGCUACUUGGCUUCGUACAUCCCCGCCAUCAAAUCGAUCCUCCCACAACCAUCGCCGUCCGUAGCCGCGCUGCCGGAGAUUGGUAAUGUGGCUCCAGCGCCAGUAGGCUCGAUAGAAUUGACGCACGGCAAUGGCACACCUACUCUUGUGGCAUUCGUACGGCAUUGCGGAUGUCCCUUCGCAGAGAAAGAGGUGCAAUUACUAGGAGCUGAGAGUCACAAGCACGAGAAGCUGCAUGUGGUCAUUGUUCAACACAGUGACGAGGCUACCGCGAAACAGUGGUUCGAGGAUAUUGGUACUCAUCGUAUCUUAGUGNGCAAGAAAGCAUUCCCAGACUCGACUCGCUAUACCAUCAUCUCAGACCCCGAGCGCAAGAGCUAUGCAGCAUGGGGCGUUGGAUCUCUAUGCUGGACUGGCGUGGUCAACGGCGAUAUCUUGGGUGCGCUGAAGACAUUGAAAGAGUCGGAUGGCAUCGAAAUGAGGCCUACAGGCACCGGAGCGUAUCGAUGGCAGAACUCCGGCGGCUUUGCUGUUGAUGGCGAAGGCAAGAUCAGAUGGAGGAAAAUUGCCAAAGAUUCUUCUGAUGUGUGCGAUUAUGCUGAAGCGGCCAGAACGAUCGUGGAUGGCCCUUCGCAAACGCAGAGCCGUCUGUAG